ACUGCAACUUAAUACCCACCAAUAAAGAAGAAGCAAAAAAAAAAAGCAGCAGCAGCAGUUGAUCACUAGAGAUGAAGAUGAGCAGUAAUACCAUCACCAUGGGAGUCUCAAAGAGAAGGAUUUCUAGCAGAGGUCUUGGAGCUUCGCUUAGAGAGCAAAGAGCUAGGCUUUAUAUUAUAAGGAGAUGUGUGGUCAUGCUCCUUUGUUGGCAUGACUAGCUACCCAUGGAAGAUCAUUUUCAUUUUCCUUCCUUUUUUUUUUCUUGGUGGAGCAGUGUAAAUAUCUGCAGCAGGCCCAACAAAUUUUGUGAUCUGUUGGCCUUAUAAUUUUUAUACACAUCGUUCGGAUAGUAUUAAUUAUUUAAAACCAUUUCUAUAUAUUAUUCUAGUUACCA